AUGAGCCGGCCGCGCGCGAGAGCGAGAAGGCAGAGGAGUAGAGACAGCAGCAGGAGAGAAAUAUCCAGAUUUUACGAAAAGUAUGGCUCUACAGAAGGAGGGAAUCUCACCAGUAUACAAUCAAAUAUUAUGAAGGACGAGGAGAGUAAAGCACAAGGAGCAGUACGUUGCCGAGGCAAGACCAGCGGUCAAGUGGACAAGGAAGAACAAGUCCUGAGAGUUAAGUCUUGGGAUAGAAUGAAGAGGAGCUUGGCCAAUGAAUCUAAGACCAUCGUCACCAAGAGUAGGAGGAGGGGUAACGGAAAGGUUUGCAAAAACAAGAUAAGGGGCAUGAAGAAGAAACAUGGCGAAAUAGGAGGCUGA